UAAAGACGGUGGAAGGUUGUGAACCGCAACCAAACGAGACUGUUUCCAAAUUCCGGCCAAGUUAAAAUACAAAAUGAUGUUGGCAGCUGCUGUCGGCCGCUCGCUCUCGUCAUCGGCAGCUUCCAGAAUAUUCGCGCCCACAACCAAAGCCCACUGUUUCUUCUCUUCCCCUUCCUCUCUACUCAGAUCACUCUCCUCUUCUUCUGCUCGCUUCCAAGUUCGAGCAAUGGCUGCCUCCGCUGAUUCCUUCAAGAAAAUCCAAAUCCAGAGGGAAGACACAACUUUUGAUGCUUAUGUGGUUGGCAAAGAAGACGCUCCUGGAAUCGUUGUACUUCAGGAGUGGUGGGGUGUGGAUUUUGAGAUCAAGAACCAUGCCAUCAAGAUCUCCCAACUUGAGCCUGGAUUUAAGGCCCUUAUACCAGACUUGUAUCGCGGAAAGGUUGGUUUAGAUGUCGCGGAGGCUCAGCAUCUGAUGGACAAUCUUGACUGGCAAGGUGCUGUCAAGGAUAUCCGUGCUUCAGUAAAUUGGCUCAAGGCCAAUGGCUCAAAGAAGGUUGGAGUGACUGGAUUUUGCAUGGGUGGUGCUCUGUCUAUUGCAAGCUCAGUUUUAGUUCCUGAGGUUGAUGCAGUUGUGGCUUUCUAUGGAGUUCCUUCUUCAGAGCUCGCAGAUCCUGCCCAAGCUAAAGCUCCUGUUCAGGCGCAUUUUGGGGAGCUUGAUAACUUUGUUGGCUUUUCUGAUGUAACAGCAGCAAAAGCCUUGGAAGAAAAGCUGAAAGCAUCUGGAGUUCCACAUGAGGUUCAUAUCUAUCCAGGCAACGCGCAUGCUUUCAUGAACAGAUCUCCUGAUGGUAUCCAGAGGAGGAAGGGCAUGGGAUUGCCAGAUGAAGAUGAAGCUGCUGUCGAGCUGGCAUGGUCUCGAUUCAAAUCAUGGAUGAACAGUCACUUAUCGGCGUGAGUUUUGUGGCAUCGUCUAGGCCUCCCCCUCCCCUUCUUUUAGCUAAUGUCUAGUUUUCUAUUAGUACCAUGAACCUAACCCUAAAAUAACUUAAAUGUACCAGUACUAUGCGUGGAAGUUCCAGUCUUUGAAGAGUGCACCAUAGUCUCUUGCAGAAAAUUGUCUCACUGGGUCUUGGAUGUUAAUCAUGUGAGUGUCCAAAACAUCAUCUUGAUGAGAUUUGAGUUGAUUUGGUAUCUCGGGUACACAUGUUGAAAAGGGAAUUACCAGGAGCCUUCUAAUUAGAACAUGUGUACUGUCCUUCUGGUCUUCUGUGUCUACUAUGUUGUAUGUUCUAUGAGAAAUAAUGGC